CAGUCAAACAGUGAACCACUGAAUGACUGAAUCACUGAAACACUCACUCAUUGUCUCAUUGCCUGUCAUUCACUGACAUGUCUUUGGCGGACGCUGUGGUCCAUGCGUUCACUCUGUCCGAUGAGGUCGUGAACCGACUCUUCGUCCAAAAGCCCUUCAUUUUCGGCGAAAUUCGGUUUUUGACGAAAUGUUUUGAAACCCGAAUCGAAGAGGAUUUGAAACAAUUGAAUGAAUGCACGGAUCAGUUGAAUGACACCAAAGACACGAAGAUAGAGGAGGCCAUCGAUUGGUGCCAUCGUUUCGAUGACAAACUUAAUGUCUGUACGGAUUCCGUGCAGAAUCUCAUGCAAGAGAUUCUGGGCUUAGAAUCGAUGCAAUCGGUCGACAGGAAUGAUGUCUUAAGGACUAAGAGAGAGCACAGGAAUGAAGUGAUGGUUGAGUUGAUUGACAUCUCGAGGAAUAAGAUCAAUGAAGUGGACGCUCAGCACGAAGAACAGGAAAAACAAUUAAGAGAUUAUUACAAAGAUUUGGAGACAAAGCUUAAGAUUAUUCCCAAUUCUAGUGAUCAUUAAAUUGACGAAUAUUUUGCAGAC